CGCCAGCAGUGUGUGUGCGCCCGACUGACAUUUGCUUCUCCUUUGCAGGUUGGCUGUCCAUGCCCGUGUCGAUGCCGCCCCGGCGCCCUGGCCGCGGGGGCGCGGGGGGCCCCGGCCGCCUGCUGCUGCAGUGUGAGCACUGCGAUUACCGCUGCCCGCGGCCCGCGGACCUGCGCAAGCACCUGCGCACGCACACGGGCGAGCGGCCGUACAAGUGCCAGCACUGUGACCGCUGGUUCGGGGACAUCUCCAACCGGCGCGCGCACGUGCGCAAGUGGCACGCCUCGGAACUGGGCCAGUGACCGGACGGACGGCAGGAGGUGAGGGCGCCCGUAUCUUGAACGGGAAUGUCGCUGUGAAGUUCGAGCCCAUGGACAGCGAGGAGUACCGGCUGUGGUUCGACGACUCGAACCCUUCAGAUCCCGAGCCCUCGCCGCCGCAGCAGGAGCCGGUGCGGGACUGCUACGUGCGCCUGGAGAACAUCCGGCUGCCGGGCUCCACGUCGCGGAGGGCGCCUCGCGCCGAGCGCAGCCUGUCGCCGGAGGGCGGGCGGCGAGACGUGGGCGCGGGCCGCUCCCGGGGCCGCUCCCGCUCUGUCGCCCCGUCCAGGCCCACCUCCAGGACGGCGUCGAGGCCCCGACACAAGAGCAAGGACGCGAGGUCGUCGUCGUGCUCGAGGGCGCCGGGCGCUCUUGGCAUGGGCACGCCCCGGAUCGUCCUCGGCCGCUCCAAGAGCGCCACCGGCUCGCGCCUGCUCAAGUGCGCGCUCUGCCUGAAGUCCUUCCACCUGCAGGCCAGCCUCAGCAAGCACGUCCGGGCCCACCAGAGGUGCACGCCCGACAGGUGUCUCAUCUGCGGGAAGCGCGUCGAGAGCCUCGUGCAGGCCAUGGAGCACUUCAUGUCGCACCCCGCCGACGUGCACGACGACGACGACAAGGUGCGGUGCGCCGUGUGCGCGCGGGAGUUUCCCCGGCAGCGCCUGUACCGCCUCGCCACUCACGUGCUCGCCCACACCGGCGAGGCGCCCUUCCCGUGCGCCACCUGCCACCGCAGGUUCCGCACGUCCUACUCGCUCGUGACGCACGCGGAGCGCGUCCACGGCUCGCGGGACGCGGGCGUGCGGCGGUCGGCCGCGCUGGUCCGCGCCAUCCUGCCCGUGUACCGCUGCUCCGUGUGCCCGGCGCGCCUCGGCACGCCCAAGCUGCUCAUCGAGCACAAGCAGCAGGUGCACGGCGCGGCCGCGGGCGGGGCCACCUGCCUGUACUGCCCCGCGGCGCUGGACUCGUCCGAGGCCAUGGAGCGCCACAUGGCGGCCCAGCACGCGUCGGAGCGGCCGCACGCCUGCGCGCGCUGCAUGAAGCGCUUCUCCACCCGGCACAGCCUGGCGCGCCACAUGCUGUCGCACAGCCACGCCUACCGCUGCUCGCUGUGCCCCGAGCGCUUCGCCACGGCCAGGGAGUGCCUGGACCACGUCAACGGAGUGCAUCUUAGACCCGCACACUGAACUGGCUGUCCCAGUUAAUACCAAACAGGCCAUCAUCUGUUAGGUAAUAACUGGGACAUUCGGUUGAAUAAUGGGCACAUUGAAUUUAGGUUAUAAUUUUUCUUUGACUACUUUAAUUUUUCGUUUUGCUAGUAUUUUUGCUUCUUAGUGGGCCCAAUUUUACUCUUUAAUUGACUUUUCGUAUUGAGAUAUGAUGUAAUCUGCCAAUACUACUGUCUUUAUGACCCUGACAAGCCAGUGGUUUGGCAGCACACAUCAACCCUGAUUGGUUCUAUUGUAUCACUUUUGUUUAUGCAUACUGUGCACAGAUUUUAGAAUUUUUAAAGUUAAUUUUAUUUUAUGUGGAAACUAUUAAUUAUUUUGUACCCAUCUUCACUUCAUGAAAUUAUGUUAUUUCAAUUUGCCCUAACAAGACUUGGUGCUUAAUUAAAUAAACUUUGUAUGACAUAAA